GGCUCCUCCGCCGGCCGAGCCGCCCCCUCGCCGCGGUGCCCCCGCGCCAUGAGCCGCCUGCGGUGGCUGCUGUCACUGCUGCUGCCGCCCCUGCUGCUGGCGCCGCCGCUGGGCCCUCGCCCGGCCGCCGGGGCGGCCCCGCCGCCGCUGCGCUGCGCCCCCUGCCCCCCACAGCAGCUGGCGCUCUGCCCCCCCGUGCCGCCCGCCUGCCCGGAGCCCGCCCGGCCGCCCGGCUGCGGCUGCUGCCAGACCUGCGCCCUGGGGCCGGGCCAGCCCUGCGGGGUCUACACGGCGCGCUGCCGGCAGGGGCUGCGCUGCCACGGCCCCCCCGGGGACCCCCGGCCGCUCUCCGCCCUGCUGCGGGGACAGGGGACCUGCCUGCCCGCCGGCGAGGCGGCUGGGGCGCGCACGGCCGAGCCCGCAGACUCUAUGGAACCUGAUGAUAUGUCUUUGGAAAGCGCUGAAAUGACACAGGAUCAGCUGCUGAACUAUCAGCUGAUGUCUCUCAUAAGCCAGGACAAGCCCAUUCCCUGGAAUGCCAUCACUGCAUAUGAAAACAUGAAAGCAAAGAGACUAUCUGAACUCAAGAAAUGGAAAGAGCAGGGACCUUGUCAGAAGGAGCUCUACAGAGCCCUGUAUAAACUGGCAAAGGCUCAGCAGAGAAGUGGAGGGGAGAUUUACAAAUUCUACUUGCCCAACUGCAACAAGAAUGGAUUUUACCACAGCAAACAGUGUGAAACUUCACUGGAUGGAGAGACGGCUGGAUGCUGGUGUGUCUAUCCAAAAACUGGAAGAAGAAUUCCUGGUUCCUCAGAAAUGAAAGGAGACCCAGAAUGCCAACAGUACGUCAACUCACAAGAAUAAAACUAAACACAUUCAUUUACACUGAGUUUUUUGUGGGGCCUGAUCCAGUCAGGAGACUUUUCGGUCAGGAGCCAUUUCAGUAAUGUAGUUUUGUGCAUCUGAUUUUUGGCAUAGAAAUAACCCCAUAAAGUAGCUUUUUCACUGCACUGGGAUAACUCAGAUGCUUGAGUGACAGAUAAAAGCUAGCGCAAGAUCAAGUCCUACAAUCUUGUAUAUUUUGUUUGUAUAAUAUUAUGGAUACCCUCAUAUGUAAAGCUGUUGAAUUAUUUAUUUCACAGUACAUGUAUUUUCAUCUCUGUGUGUUGUUACUAAUUUAUAUCCUCAAACAUUUCAUAACUUUAUAUGUAAAUACUUAAUAUUAUUGCUCUUAAAUGUAUGCAUCUUAUGCUGGAGUAAUGUUGCUACUUAACACUUUAGGUGGCAUAACUCUGUUGGGAAAAAUGGCUUGUAAACUUGCAUUUUUAUACUAUGUAUUUAUAGAUGUAAAAUGAAUUUUAAAAAAUAGCUUUUGUUAGAGAACAUACUUAGAAACUUAUUUAAAACUUGGUUUGUUUGUAUAUCAUGUUGCUUUUGCAGCUCUGUUUCAAUGUCAAUCUGUUUGUUAAAAAAGAAAGUCUAACCCUUGAUUAUAUACUGAAGCUCCUGAUGCAACAGUAUUUGUUUCUAUUUUCCAAACGUAUGCACCAGAUAAACAGUAAAACACAACAGGAUGUUCUGUGCCACCUUUGACAGGUGGAAGUUGUUCAGGUGUUGCCAUUGUCAUGUUAUUUAAGAUAAGCUAUUAAAUAACGUCUUUUAAAUAUUUAAAUGA